AUAUGCGUUAUCAGCUGAAUCAUCCAACCGACUGGAGAGCUCGACGGAUAUAUACUUGAACAUCUCUCGGCAAGGACGGACGACCCGCAGGUCCACCCACUCGCCACGAUGACCGCCUCGGAAGACUAUGUCAAAGAUGACCAUCCGGACGAGAUCGUUCCUCCGACGACCAAGAAGAGCCGGUGGUCGGGACUAGGACCACGCGCUGUGAAGGCAUUGACAACGAAGGAAGGACUGAUUGGCACUUACGAUUAUGCCUUCCUAUUCACGCCCAAAUUGCCAUUCAUGAAACGGGCUCGCAGAGCGGCUCCAUUCUUCGGCCUCAACGAUCGCAUGCCCGUUCUUCUCGCGGUGCUCCUUGGUCUACAGCACGCGCUGGCCAUGUUGGCGGGUGUCAUUACGCCUCCCAUCAUUCUUUCGAGCGCUGCGAAUCUCACAGGAAACACCCAGGCCUAUCUCGUCAGCACUUCUCUGAUCGUCUGCGGAAUCUUGUCCUCCAUUCAGAUUACCCGGUUCCAUAUCUACAAGACUCCAUAUUAUGUUGGAACUGGACUGAUCUCGGUUGUGGGCACAUCGUUCGCAACCAUUCCGGUGGCGACGGGAGCUUUCAGCCAGAUGUACGCAACGGGCUUCUGUCCAACAGCAGCUGAUGGCACGAAACUACCCUGUCCGGACGGGUAUGGAGCGAUCCUCGGAACCCAAUGUAUCUGUGCCUUGCUCGAAAUCGCGCUGUCUUUCAUGCCACCUCGAAUCUUGAAGAAGAUCUUUCCUCCUCUUGUCACUGGACCUACUGUCUUGCUCAUCGGCGUAAAACUCAUCGCGAAUGGCUUCUCGGACUGGGCAGGAGGGUCGGGUAAUUGCAAAGGGCGUCCGGAGACUGGUGUUUUUCAAUUGUGCCCAAGCAACAGUGCUCCUCACGCCCUGCCAUGGGGAAGCGCCGAGUUCAUCGGGCUUGGAUUCUUGGUCUUCCUCACGAUCAUCCUGAUGGAACGUUUUGGAGCGCCGAUCAUGAAGAGCUGUGCGGUCGUAUUGGGUCUGCUGGUCGGAUGCAUUGUUUCGGGUGUUACAGGCUACUUUGAUCGAUCAGGUAUCGAUGCCGCACCGGUAGCCAGCUUCAUAUGGGUGGAGACUUUCAAGCUUUCGGUCUAUGCCCCAAUCAUUCUCCCGCUUAUGGCGGUGUACAUUGUGCUCGCCAUGGAAGCCAUUGGCGAUAUCUCCGCAACAUGUGAGGUAUCACGACUCCAGGUUGAUGGCGAAGUUUUCGACUCUCGCAUUCAGGGAGGCGUACUGGCAGAUGGUCUGAACGGUAUCCUCGCUGGACUUUGCACCAUCACGCCUAUGUCGACCUUCGCCCAGAACAAUGGAGUGAUAGCUCUGACAAGAUGUGCAAACCGAAAAGCCGGAUACCUCGCCUGCCUCUGGCUCAUCAUCAUGGGUGUCUUCGCCAAGUUCGCCGCAUCUUUGGUCGCCAUUCCGAAAGCAGUUCUUGGUGGUAUGACCACGUUCCUCUUCGGCGCCGUUGCAGUCAGUGGUAUGCGCAUUAUCUCAACCAUGCCGUUCACUCGCCGCAAUCGCUUCAUCUUGACUGCAUCUCUUGCUCUCGGAUAUGGAGUCACCCUGGUUCCCAACUGGUUCGAUUACGUCUUCACCUAUUCUGGAAACAACCGCUCACUCACGGGCUUCUACAAUGCUAUCUCGAUCGUUAUGGAGACUGGCUUCGCGGUCACGGCGUUCGUGUCACUCAUUCUCAAUCUAGUUAUGCCCGAGGAAGAAGUCGACGAUGACAUUCCGGAAUUGACUGCGCCGACUGUAGACGAUUCAACGUCGCGUUCAGCGUCUUCUCGCGAGAAUUGGGAUCAGAUCAACCACAAGCCAGGAAAAGCAGCUCCUGACACUGCAACGAAAAUCUCCCGUCAAGGAGACCUUCCACUUCAUCAAUGA